AUGCAAAAGUUCAUGUUCCUCCUCCUAACAUGCGCCACCAUAGCGCGCAUCACAAAUGCGCAACGCGUUUUCGCCCAUUUCAUGGCCAGCCUUUCAGACACUCCGACUGUACAAAACUCGUAUUCAUAUGCCGAAAGUGAUUGGACGAAUGAUAUUACAAUUGCUCAGAAUAUUGGUAUCGAUGGUUUUGCAUUGAACAUUGCCGCCAAUGACUACGAAGUCGACAGGAUCGUCGAUGCAUAUGCAGUCGCGGAAGCUUUAGGCUUCAAGCUCUUCUACUCAUUUGAUAUGUCAUACACUUGGCAGCAGAGCGACAUGGUCAAUAUCAUCGCGAAUCACUCGUCAAGUCCAAGGGAGAGUUACGGAGAGGACUUCUGGGCUAGCUUCAAGAGCUCACUUCAGAGCCAAGGCAUCGACAUCACACUUGCACCCGCAUUCACAACUUACCGUGACCCUUCGGACGCUACUUCACUCGUUUCCACGUUCCCCUCAAUUGAUGGGUUCUUCAAUUGGCCUGCCGAUGUUGAUGCUAACUUAACGACAGCCACUGAUCUGGCCUACCAAGCAGCUGUCUCGUCGCUCAGUGGACCGUAUAUUAUGUCUGUUUCGCCUUGGCAGUUUAAGAACCUUGAUGGUGCUGGCGAUUGGGUAGAAUACAGUGACACUCUCUGGAACUACCGCUGGCAGCAAGCCGUGAAUGACGUGAAACCUGAUAUUGUUGAAAUCGUAACUUGGAACGACUACGGCGAGUCCCAUUACAUUGGUGAUAUCAAUCCAAAUGUGUACCUCGGGACACAAGCCCCACUUUACGUCAAUGGCUUCACACAUGCUGCUUGGCGAGAUGUAGCUCAGUACUAUAUUUUAUGGUUCAAAACUGGUUUUGCACCGACCAUUACGAAAGAUGAGGUUGUCUUCUGGUAUCGUGCAUGGCCGAAGGCCGUCAAUUGCAGCACUGGAUCCCUACCGCGCAAUGCUGCAUACCCCGAGGACGCCGUUUUUGCACUCGUGAUGCUCAAAGACACUGCAACUAUCACACUUGCCAUAGGUAGUAACACGGUAACAUUCACCGCUGGUGCGGGUGUGACUAUGGGUUCUGUACCGUUCCCUUCAGAGGAUUCACAAAUCCCCUAUAUUGCGAUCAGCAGAGAUGGCACAACGGUUGUCGACACCCAUGGCUCGAUGUAUGUGAAUCAAACUGGAUGUACGUACUACAAUUUCAAUCCUUUCGUUGGGAGUAUAAUCGAGUGA